AUGACCGCGGACUGCCUAGCGUGCGCAGAGGGGAUGGACGAAGCCGAGUACUGCGCCAAACACCCUCAGAUGAUCGGGUGCGUUACGACGCCCCCUGUAGCAGCCAGAACGUGCAUGUUGUUCUGUGCCGAUAAGACCGACCCUUGGGGGGUGAGGUGCAAGUGGAACGGCUGCGGUGGAUGCUCCGAGUGCAUAGCGACGGCGCGGCAAGCACGCGAAGCCUCCUGCAGGCCCUUCUGCACCACGAAGACCGACACCUGGGAGGACAAAUGCAUGUGGAAUGGGUGCGGAGCAUGCGACGUGUGCCCUGGGCUAACCGUGCAGCCUCGCCCACCGCCUGCUGCAGCGCCGGCGGAGUGCAAGCCUUUCUGUGUCGACAAGACCGAAGGGUGGACCGACAAGUGCAACUGGGGCGGCUGCGGUGGAUGUCCGGCGUGCCUCCAGCCUAUCCCUGCCCCCACCGCGCCGGAGGCUAGCUGCAAGCCUUUUUGUGGCGGGAAGACUGACUUGUGGGAGGAGCGGUGCACGUGGAAUGGGUGCGGCGCAUGUGUGGAGUGCUCGAAGGAGCUCUAG